GACUCCUCGGGCUUCAGUUGGUCGCGAGACUGCGUUGCUGUCGGUUUGCCUGCUCAGCGGUGAAGGUGCAUCCCUCACACACACACUCUCGUACAUAUUGUCUCGAAUCCGUUGGAUUUUGACGUUUCGAACGUUUACCGUUAGCCGUUAGCCAUUUGAACUGAACCGAAGUGUGAGAACCAAGUUCGAGUUCGCGUCGUGUUUGUUUAUUUACUUUUAUUUUUGUUACACUUUUUUUUUCGAGUGACCGACCACCAACCCCAAAAUACAUGAAUCCGUCGGUGACCUGACCCGAAAAGUCAGCACUUCCAACCAAACAGUUGCAACCGUGAAUGUGGUAAGGAUGUCGCCAGCUGAGCAACUUCGCUUGGUCGGAGUAUCGGAUGCCUACCAGUUGGCGGCGAGCAGUGGAGCAGCAGGAGGAGGAGUAGGAGGCGGUGGCGGCGGAGGAGGAGUGGGAGGAUAUGGAGGCGUUGGAAACGGAGGAGAUGCCGGCGGUGGUGGUGAAAAAAUGAAGGAAGUGCCCGACAAAUAUGUGACGGCACUGUCCCACUUCCUCGACUGGCAUUCCAAUGGGACGGUUGACAUGGAGCGACUCAGCGGUCCCAUCCUCAAGUCCAGCAUCAAAUCGGUCUACUGGCUGUUCCUCAUCCAGUAUGCGGCCCUCGCCCUCCUGGGCGUGGUGCUCAAUGUGAUCAUUGUGGUGUACAUCAUGUACCAUCGGCUCUACAAGGAUGUGACCCAUGCGUUCAUCAUCAAUCUGGCCCUCUGUCACUUCGUCCAGUGCGCCCUCGUCCUGCCCGUCUCGCUGAUGGUCAUGCUCAUCCAGAACUGGAUAUUUGGCCAGUUUUUGUGCUUCUUUCUGCCCAUGCUGCAGGACAUACCGCUGCACGUGGCCAUGAUCUCCCACAUCCUGAUCGCCUGGGACCGGAUGCGCUGGCUGAACGAUCCGCUGAAGGGGCGCCUGCCGGGAUUCGUCUGCUGCUGCGCCACCUGGCUAACCGGAAUGGUGAUUGCCCUGCCCUACCCCAUCUACACCAUCUACGUGGAGCUGGGGGACUACAUGCCGCAGCUGUCGGGGAUCGGCUUGUGCGUGGUCAACCUGAUGGACGACAUGCAGGAGUACACGCGCGGACUCUUCCUGCUAAUGUACUGCGGUCCGGCCAUCCUGCUGUCCUACCUGUACAUCCGCACCUCCCAGGAGCUGCGUCCGCCCGACGGACCCUUCGCCGUGAUGAUGUACGAACACCGCGCCGAUCUGCGGAUGCGCCAAAGAAACUCCUCCACAUCCUCGGUGGAGCCGCGCCAUCUGAGCGGCGGGGGCGUGGCAGGAUUGAGCAAUGGAGGAGGCGCCAGCUCCGCCCGCUCCUACGAUUUGUACAGCGCCGAGCUGGACGUGCAUCGCGAGAAGCGGAAGCAGCGCAACUUUGGGAGCAUGGCCGCCACCCAGGUGGUGUGCAUGUGUCCACUGAUGAUACUGCGCUUCGCCAGGCUCUCGCUGGAGGAGACCUACGAGAAUGCCAAGCACUUUGACUUCACCUACCUGAUGUUCGUGUGGGUGGCCUUUCUGCCCACCGUCAUCUUUCCGUGCAUCUACGCCUCGCAAAUAUUGCCCAGAGAUGAACAGGAGCGUCUGAGGGGCUAUUUCCGGUUAUCCUCGAAGCGCAAGUCGAAGUCCCAGCGUCGCAGCGAUGCUGGCGGAGGAUCCGGUGUGGGCGGCAGUUCUCGCGAGGAUUCCAUCGAGAAGGACGAGGCCUCGAACACGACCAGUGUUCACCAUGCCGCUGAGCCGCACAAGCAUUCGUCGAAGUUGCGACACGAGCGCGAGGUGCGUCUGCCAGGACACGGAUCGUCGGCUGGCGGUGAUCGCUACUCAGGAGCACCCUAUCGCCAGGGCAAGGACAGGGAAAGGGACAGGGAGCGGGAGCGGGAUAGGGAUAGGGAUAGAGAUAGAGAUAGGGAGAGGGAGCGGGAGCGGGAACGACAGAGGGCGAGCGGUCGCGGGGCGGGAGACGCCGGUGUGGUGAACAAUCUGGGCAAGGAUAUGCGCGGCAAGAAGCACGAUGUCAAGAUCAACAUCAUCUCGGAUGGCGUCGGUCACGCCCAUGCCACCCAUUCCGCCCACCGCAAGCAGCCGGGCGGCGGCAACAGCAGCAGCAACAACAAUAACAACAACAACAACAACAACAGCAGCAGCAGUCGAAGUCGCACCAAUCCCGGCCAGCGGCAUGGCAGCGGCAAGCUGACCGCCGCCGACUGUCUGUCCAACGUGACCGCCUCGACGUUCUGCAACGGCGGCGGAAGCGUGACGGCCGGCGGCGCCACCGGAAACGGAAACGGCCUGAGCAGCGUACUAAUCCCGGACGACAGCAGCACGAGCAACUACGGCGACGGCGAGGAGAGCUCCGUGGUCAGCAGCAUGAUGGUGCCGCCGCAACGCUGGCCGGGAUCGGGCGGCGGCGUGCUGCGCCACAAGGAUGUGUCGUUCAGCGAGUGCAGCAGCACGUUCUCGUCGAGCACUUUGGAGCGCGACCUGGAGAUCAUGGACCAGCUGGAGCGGGAGCGCAGCAUGGACAUCCAGGAGAUGCUGCAGCGGGAACGGGAGCGGGAAAAGGUGCGUCGCCAGCUGCCGGACAUCGAGAAGCUCUACGCGCAGCGUUCGCCGAAGGGCAAGCGCGGCGAGGCAGCUGGUGCUGGAGCAGGAGCAGGAGCGGGAUUGGCACUGGUCAUGCCCGGCAGUGAUCCGCUGAGCAGUCUCUCGCAAUCCCAGUCGCUCUCCACGGAGUACAGCCUGUGCUCCACGCUGGAGACGAGCGCCGCCGGUGGAGUGUUGUCCGUUGGUCACGACGAGGUGGUGCUGCCACACCGCCUGGAGGAGGUGGAGGAGGAGGUGGUGCCGCCGGAUUUCUAUGACAGCUAUACGCCCGGCGGCACCCAGAAUCUGCCGCCCACAGCGGGUGGCGCUGUGCCGGUGGCCAGCACUGCUGCAGUUCCCGCGUAUCAGUAUCAGUACAGUCGCAAUCGGCUGAGCCGCAAGAGUUCCGGCUCCAGUUCGGGUCACCAUCAUCACGGUCAUCAUCAUGGCCAGCAUGGCGGCGGGGGCGUUGGAGGCGUGGCCGGUGGACGCGGCUCCAAGCGGGACAGCUUCAAUUCGCUGAACGGCACGGAUCUGAUUGCCGGCGCCUUUUGCGAGCUGGAUCCCACGCAACCGCUGAACAAGAUGGCCGUGAUCGAGGGCCGGAUGCGACGCAGCAGUCCGCGCAAUGCCAGCUUCAGUUCCGGAUCCGGUGUGUCCGGCCGCAGUUCGAUGAAGUCCUCGUCGCGGGACUACGACUACGGACAUGGCUCCUCCUCGCACUCGGCGCAUCCGGAGCUCGAUUUCAGGGAGAACAUCUUUGCGGAGCUCUAAGCUGCCACUCCGAUGCCAUCGAUGUGGCAGAGAGAUUUUUGGGGCAGCAGCGGCGAGUGAGGGAAACGAAAAGCUUUACGGUUACGGAUUUGCCAGGAGUUGUGCAGCUACGGGAGCUACGUGUUUAAGUACAAGUAUCUGCAGAAGCUGUAAUUUUUUUGUGUAGUGAAUGGUUACUCACUUUUUUUUGGUUUUUGUAAGCAAAGUUGCAGUUGCUCAGCGUGGAGAGCACUAGAGUUUUUGGGGACGAGUGGAACUAUGGAAUACUUGUAAGUUACUGCAGGCUUACGAAGAUACAGAUACAGAUACAAGAUACAUUUACACCUAAAUGCAUAAGAUAAACUAAAUAUAUAGACCGAGUUAUUGGAAUACUUCGCCCAACUGGUUGUUGACUAAUGUUUGUUGAUUUCUGCGAUCGGCGGGAUUAGGAUCACAGAUCAGGGAUCGCAGUUUGCAGUUUACAGAUCAGAGAGUUUAGGGAGAAGAAAAUGGGAAAAACGGGGAAAGUGGGAAAUGGGAAAACUGUGCCAAGAAUCGGAUAUGGGAAGCACUCCCACGUACACAUAUAUAUAUAUAUAUGUCUUUUAAAUGUUGCUUACUUUGUGGGGGAGGGGGGCAGGGAUGUGCCUGUGUUUUUAAACUUUCCCAAGCUACAUACAUACAUAUAUGGAUAUAUAUAUACAUUACGAUAUAUAUAGACUAGACAUAUGCUAAGACAUAUUGAAUAUUACGAAAUCAAAUGAAAAGUUUAUUGAAUGUUGAAUCAAAGUCAAACUACGAACUACGAAUUACAAUAUACAAUAUACCUAACAUAUACAAAAUCGGAAUAAAACCAUACAAGUUAUAGCUGUAAGACUGGGCAAUUCUUCUGAGCCCCAAAGAAUUGCUCCCACACACACACACAUAUACACACAGAUACACACACACAGUAACGAAGUAAAUGUUUCCGCAUUGAGCAGGAAUCCAGAUACAGAUUCAAUUUGUUGGGCCUCCUCCGGAUCCGGACUCGGCAUCUCAUCCCGAUACCCGAUCCAGAUCCCGAUCCUGCCUAGAUUCUAGAUUUAUAUAGCCCUAUAUACAUACAUACAUACAUACAUACAUACCCCUAAUUGUGCAAGUGUCUGUGCGUGUGUCUAGCAUUAAGUUCAUUUUUUCUGUGCCGCUCCGCUGGCUGUUUGUUGUGUUGGAUUUGGUGGUGCGAUGGUUUGCUUGAUGGUGCGGUGGUGCGGUGGUGCGGCGGCACGGUGGUGCUGCUGCCUUGGUGUGAGCAAAAAACU